AGGAAAAACCUACAAUUCCUGUACCACCGUCAGCCAUAACCGUCCCUGGUGUUCUUUAACUGAGGUCUACCAGCCUGGCAAAUGGAAAAACUGUGACGCCAAACCAUGUCCUAUGGGGUGGAGUGGAUAUAAGAACCACUGCUACAAGUUGGUGAAACGCGCAGCCAAAUGGGAAGAAGCAAAGAAACAGUGUGAACAACUCGGUGCAAAUCUGGCGUCUAUCACAAGCUAUGGCGAGGCCAACUUCAUCAACACUAUCAUCACUGACGCUCCUGUAGGAAAGUGGGGUGUUCAUUUCGUCUGGUUUGGACUGCAUCGCAAUGGCGGAUUCGAGAAGUUUACGGAUGGGUCCAAGGUUUCCUACGCAAACUGGGAGCCGGGUCAGCCCAACGACAAACGCCAUCUCUUCUCAGGAUACGAGGGACAGGACUGCGUCGGCAUUUACUCAAAGACUGGCAGGGGCAUUCACACACCUGUGCACAAGGGACAGUGGAAUGACGACCAGUGCUACCGUACCUUUCCGUUCAUCUGCAAGCGUCCCAAAUGACAAUGCUCCAUUCUUUUCCUGCGAGAUCUUGUCUCUACAAACAAGGCGGGUGGACGGGACAAGUGAAGAAAGCGGAAGCCACAUUGUUAGUCGUAGAAGCUGCAGCACACGCGUGUAACAAUGAAGGGU